GCAUUGUUUUAGAACAAUAUUACAUUCUUUUUACCUAGUCGAUUAUUCAACACUAAAAUGAUCAACUCACUGCAGGAUCUUACUUCUCAAAAAGUGGCAGAGUACAUUCACAAUGGAGAUUACAAUGAAACGGCAUACAUACUUGACACAAAAACAAGCAACAAAGUGUUUUCAAGAUUACUUGAGUUAAACAAUGGGAUAUCGGAAAAUUUACUUAAACUGAUCGAUGGUAAACUGAAUUUGUCAAAAAUCAAUUUGCAAGGCGUUUCUGUUAAUAGAAAAAUUGUUAACAUGGUAAAUAAGUAUUGUUUAGAAUCUCUUAUUUUGGGAUCUUCAAAUCUGAAUGAAGGACCUUCUAAUGACAUAUUCCAAGCGUGUGUCGUUGAUAUGGCCAGUUUGCUAAAAAAUUUGCUCAAUGAAGGUUCCCUUCUGAAUCUUCGACAUUUGAGUAUAAGGACUAAUCAAAAGUUUCUCAGUGAAUGGACACAAGAGAUCUCAUGCUUGCUGCCCAAUCUCCAGAGCCUAUCAAUAAAAAACAGACAAUUUUUCUGUGAUGAGUCGUUUUCUGAACACUGUCAGAAUUUUUCUAAUCUUCUGUUUCUUGACAUUAGUGGAACAAAUUUGGAAAAUCUUUGGGGGAUUUCCCAUUUAAACCAUCUUCAGGUUCUUCACAUGAGGAACUUGAAAUUUGAAAAUAAUAACUGUUUGAUGGAACUGUUCAAUUUGAAAGAUCUGAGAGUCUUGGAUAUUUCAAGAGAUUGGGAUAUUCUCAAUACACAAAUUAUCGAACAAUAUUUGGAAUGUGGAAUGGUUUUGCCAAAAUUGAAGUUUCUUGACUGUUCAGGAACUGAUAUAUGUCAGUACUUUUUGGAUAAUUUACUAAAUACUCAUGAUAAUUUAAAGCAAAUCGUUACAUGGAAUACUCAUUUGGAAGAUGCUGUAAAAGCUGGAAUAGAAUUAUUGAAUGGAUCCACAAUUACUACAACAAUCAAUUCUCUAGUUCAUUAUAUGAAUUUAAAGAGAAAAGCUCCAAUUGGAUGGUGUUUGGAAGUAAUUUCAAAUUUUCUAGAAAUUAAUGAAAAUGAACAGUUCAAUGUUUCGGAAUGUAUUAACCAUAUUUCUCGAGCAAUGGGCAUUGAAAAGUCUUUAGAAUCAAGACAUAAUGGAAUCAAAUGCUUAACACAAAUUUCACUUCAUCAUUACAAAAAACUUCGCUCAUUCGAAAUUUUCCGCUUACUCGACUAUUUAUUAAACUAUUGUAACGAACUUCAACAUUAUAGCCCAGAGAUCAAUGAACAUUUCUGGACUUCCAUUAUCAAUCUCAUUAGCCUUGGAGCAUGCCAAUUCGACUAUGACAAGAUUUGCUUGACGGUAUUAAAAUAUCUUACCAAAUCUAAGCAUUUCCAUGGAUCUAUUACGUCAACUUGUAGUAUUUUGACCGUUUUGAUUCCCGCAAUGAGUCGAAAGUCGAUGAUUUCAAUUACGAAUGAAAAAGAGAAUUCAACGCAAAUCGUCGAAAUUUUAAAACUUGGGCUCGAUUUGAAAUGUGCUCCCUGGUGCAUAUCUGCGUUAGGCGUACUUCAACUUUUUUCACUGAUCAAUCACGAUGCUUGCCGAAAUAUUAUUUCGGUCGGUGGAAUAGAUAUCCUGUUCAAAUGUUUGAAACUAGCCGUCAAAGAUAUACAGACGUUAGCAAUAAAUGUUCUAACGAAUAUUGCGAUUUUGCUAAAAUAUGAUGAAAUUCGAGAAAUUUUCACAGAUGAAAACAGUCGGACUAUCAAGCAAAUGUUGAAUAAAUUCGAUGUCAGCCGUUCAAUGCAUGUAAUUUCCCUGCUCACAUUGAUCCUAAGCCGUGAAAAUGGUGGAAAUGGUCCAAUUCACUGUCGCUUAUGGAGUUGUUCAAGUCUUCUAACAGUUGACUGUUUUACAGACUUUUUAACCGGAUAUUACAAGAUUCAUUACACAAAAUAUAGAGAAUUAAGUGACCCAACUAGUGUUCCAGUAUUCCCAACUUUAUGCUCUCUUUCCGUUUCAUUACAUUUCCCAUAUGUAUGUUUCAGUGAUUCACAGAUUCAUAAUGUUCAAGUGACAUACCCAAGAGCUUUUGAAUUUAAUUGUAAUUCAUUUAUGUUGUUUUCAGUUACAUUUGCUUCUUAUCUAUUAAAAACUUAUCCAAGCACACCAAAACCAACAGGUUUGUCGGUUUUAAAUAUUAUUAAUAAUAAUGAGCUUCCUACGAUUUCUGAAACGGAUUAAUAAAAAACGCUUUUACUUGUUUUGAAAUAUUCUUUCUCUUCUUAUGUCAUUUUUAUAAACAUUAUAAAAUAAAUACAUUUUAAACUGAA